AGGCAAUUCAGUGGACAAAGGACAGUCUUUUCAAUAUACAGUGUUAGGACAAUUGGAUAUCCACAUGUAAGAACAUGAAUAUUUAAUAUCCUUACCUCAUAUCACAAACAAAACUCAAAAUGGAUAGACCUAAACGUAAGAGCUAAAACUAUUUAAAAAACUCUUAAAAAAAAAACCAUAGGAGUAAAUCUUGUGAUCUUAAGUUAGGUGAUGAUUUAUUAGCUACAACACCAACAGCAGAAGCAAUUUUAAAAAAUGAUAAACUGGCUUUCAUCAAAAUUAAAUACUUUUGCACUUCAAAAGAUACCAUUAAGAGGACUGGAAGCGCAGCCCCCAGCCUCGCACUGGUGUCGGAUGCGAGAGCCUGCGCUUAAGAAAUCAGUCAUUAGAAACAUUCAAGCAAAGGUUGGACAACUAAUUUUCUGGAACAAAAGGAAACUCAUGCAUCAGAAAAGGUGACUAAUAAACAUACCAAUAGAAUAUGGCUGCACAAAUACCAGAAUCUGAUCAGAUAAAACAGUUUAAGGAAUUUCUUGGAACCUACAAUAAACUUACAGAAACCUGCUUUUUGGAUUGUGUUAAAGACUUCACAACAAGAGAAGUAAAACCUGAAGAGACCACCUGUUCUGAACAUUGCUUACAGAAAUAUUUAAAAAUGACACAAAGAAUAUCCAUGAGAUUUCAGGAAUAUCAUAUUCAGCAGAAUGAAGCCCUGGCAGCCAAAACAGGACUUCUUGGCCAACCACGAUAGAGAAGUCCUAAUGGAUGGACUUUUGAUGAAAGAUUGCCAGCAGCUAUUGUGAUGGAAAUGAGGAUUCAUCUGAUAGAAUCCCCUGAAAGCAGUAGCCACCAUAUUAAACUGUCUGUCCUAACUUU